CCACCCUCAGUCUCCUUUGCGUCGGAAUACUGAGAACCUCAGCCAGAGUCCAGAGCUCCCAAUACAGGGGUUAAAAGAGACCUUCUUCAGCUCGCCUGAGAAUACAUAUCUCCAUUUUUGUUCAACCCUCCAUCUCUAUGUUCUUGGGACAAUGAACCAGAAGACCACCCUGGUGCUCCUCGCUCUGGCUAUCAUCACUAUCUUUGCCUUGGUGUGUGUCUUGCUAGCUGGCAGAGGAGGAGAUGGGGGUGAAUCCAGCCUGCCUGCCUUCUGCCCCUCCGUAUCUCCCAGUGCCCAGCCCUGGACACACCGUGGCCAUAGCCAGCUGUUUGCAGACCUGAGCCGAGAAGAGCUGGCAGCUGUGAUGAGAUUUCUGACCCAGAAGCUGGGGCCAGGACUGGUGGACGCAGCCCAGGCCCAACCCUCAGACAACUGUGUCUUCUCAAUAGAGCUGCAGCUGCCCCCCAAGGCUGCAGCCUUGGCCCACCUGGACAAGGGGAGACCCCCGCCUGCCCGGGAGGCACUGGCCAUCGUCUUCUUUGGUAGACAGCUCCAUCCCAACGUGACUGAGCUGGUGGUGGGACCACUGCCCCACCCCUCUUACAUGCGGGAUGUGACUGUGCAGCGUAAUGGGGGACCCCUGCCCUAUCACCGACGCCCUGUGCUCACCCGAGAGUACUUGGACAUAGACCACAUGAUCUUCAACAGAGAGCUGCCCCAGGCUGCUGGGCUCCUCCAUCACUGCUGCUCCUACAAACGCCAAGGACAGAACCUGGUGACAAUGACCACAGCCCCUCGUGGUUUACAGUCAGGGGACCGGGCCACCUGGUUUGGCCUCUACUACAAUAUCUCAGGGGCUGGGUAUUACCUCAAUCCUGUGGGGUUGGAACUACUGGUAGACCACAAGGCUCUGGACCCCACCGGCUGGACCAUCCAGAAAGUGUUCUUUCAAGGCCGCUACUAUGAGAGUCUGGCCCAGCUGGAGGAAGAGUUUGAGGCUGGCCGGGUGAAUGUGGUGGUGGUCCCAGACAAUGGCACAGGUGCAUCCUGGUCCCUGAAAUCCCCGGUGCCCCGGGGUCUGUCUCCCCCUCUGCAGUUCCAUCCCCAGGGUCCCCGCUUCAUUGUCCAGGGGAGUCGAGUGGCCUCCUCAUUGUGGACUUUCUCUUUUGGCCUUGGAGCUUUCACUGGCCCAAGGAUCUUUGACAUCCGCUUCCAGGGAGAACGUUUAGCUUACGAGAUCAGCCUCCAGGAGGCCUUGGCCGUCUACGGUGGAAAUACCCCAGCAGCAAUGAUGACCCGCUAUAUGGACGGCAGCUUUGGCAUGGGCAAGUACUCCACACCUCUGACCCGUGGGGUGGACUGCCCCUAUCUGGCCACCUACGUGGACUGGCACUUCCUUCUGGAGUCCCAAGCCCCCAAGACACUACACGAUGCCUUCUGUGUGUUUGAGCAGAACCAGGGCCUCCCACUGAGGCGACACCACUCAUAUUUUCACUCCCACUAUUUUGGGGGCCUUCAGGAGACUGUGCUGAUCAUCAGAUCUGUGUCCACCUUGCUCAAUUAUGACUACGUGUGGGAUAUGGUCUUCCAUCCCAGUGGGGCCAUAGAAGUCAAAUUCCAUGCCACGGGCUACAUCAGCUCAGCGUUCCUCUUUGGUGCUGCCCGAAGAUUCGGAAACCAGGUUGGGGAGCACACGCUGGGCACCAUCCACACCCACAGUGCCAACUUCAAGGUGGAUCUGGAUGUGGGAGGAGUGGAGAACUGGGUCUGGGCUGAAGAUAUGGCUUAUGCCCACUCGGUGGUACCCUGGAGUCCUGAGCACCAGAUACAGAGAAUGCAGGUGACUCGGAAGUUGCUGGAGACGGAAGACCAGGCUGCCUUCCCCCUGGGAACUGCCCUGCCUCGCUACGUGUACCUGGCCAGCAACCACAGCAACAAGUGGGGCCACCCUCGGGGCUACCGCAUCCAGGUGGUCAGCUUUCCUGGGGAGCCGCUGCCCCAGGCCAGCUCCAUGGAGAGAAGCCUCAGCUGGGCGAGGUACAAGCUGGCCGUGACCCAGAGGAAGGAGACAGAGCCCACCAGCACCAGCAUCUUCAAUCAGAAUGACCCCUGGACCCCCUCUGUGGACUUCUCUGGCUUCAUCAACAAUGAGACUAUUGCUGGAGAGGACCUGGUGGCCUGGGUGACACCUGGUUUCCUGCACAUCCCACAUGCAGAGGACGUCCCCAACACGGUGACUGCAGGGAAUGCCGCAGGCUUCCUCCUCAGACCCUACAACUUCUUUGACUACGACCCCUCCUUUGAUUCUGCUGACUCUGUCUACUUCCGGGGGGACCAGGAUGCUGGGGCCUCUGUGACACCUGACACAGGGGGCACUUGGCUUUGUGGACCCCAGACCUGCUGGGCUCCUGUCCCUGAGAGGAGAGGAACGGCCAUUCGGGACCGUGGAGUGAUGAUGGUUAAGCUUUUCCCAGAAGACUCCUGUUUUUGGUUUUGCUUUUUGGCUGUCCCAAACCUUUUUAGGACAUCCCAAUUCUCUCCUAAGACUCUCCAGUCCUUCCCUUGGGAGGCAAGGAAGAAGGCUCUCUAUGGGGAUAGCCCCCUAGAGGCCCCAGGGCAGGGUUCCUGCCAGGCCUAUAACGCCAUGAAUAAAGCUGGAAGAGGCCCCUUGGCCCAUGGUCACUCUCAUACUAGUCUUCCUUGUCUCUCUCUUCCUUCUUGCCUAACCAUCUCCUGUUCCUACCUGUUCUUAUAUCCUGGGAUUUCCCUCCCAGCCCUGAAGGGAUGUUCCUCUGCCCUGAUGCUCCCCUAGCCCUCAUUUCUUAACUCUGGUCUCUUCUCCUGGCUCUAGGCCUGUGGAAGUCUCAAUAUGCAAGGUACAUCUAGUUUGAGAGGACGCCUGUCUGUCUCCCUGUGUCUGGGAGCUGCCCUUACCCCCAGUCCUGGGGCAGGGUGUGUUUCCCCACAAUUUUCUCUGCCCAUUUGUAUAGCCCUGCCUUGCAUUCUCUGGGAGAGGAUGAAUAGAGUCAGCAGCAACUCAACUUAGCACUUUAAGUGGAUUUGUGGGUGCAGUGGUAAUGUGGAGUGGUCAUUUUGUGCCAGGUCUGUGUGUGACCAAUGCCCUCUGUACUCUGUAACAGCCAACAAGGGAGGCUGGGUGGGCACCAAUUGUGAGAAGCAGGAAGACCCAGGAACUCCAGCCAGGGGGCCAGGGGCUGUCCAGUCACAUGUGGGCAUGCAAAUAAGGCCAGCCUCUGGGGGAGGAGCCUCUCCCCAUCACUGUCCUGGUUUGAGGCAGGGGAGGAGGGUCUGGAUUAGGGAUUGGUAUACAAAUAGAAAGAGAUUGGAAACAGCAGAACCAUCCUUCCCUAGAGGAUUGGUUAAAUAAAUUCUGAUACAGCCUUAACAAUGCAAUACUAUGCAAUUAUAAAACUAAUUACAUCUCUUUAUAGGGAAUCAUCUUCCAGUGAAAGGGGCAAGGUGCAGAACUGUGUAUAGGGCACUUCCAUUUGUGUAUUAGAAGGGAGGAUAAUACAAAUAUUUUCUUAUAGAUGCAUAUUCAGAAGAAACAGGUAACACAGGUUGCCUCUGGUGAGGGAAACUGGGAAGUGGGGACCAGAGAGAGAGGAGACUUAGUAUUAUAAAUCCUUUUGUACAUUUUGAAUUUUGAACCAUAAUUUUACCUAUUCAUUUAUUAUUAUUCAGAUAAUAAAUGGGCCCAAACAAGAACUAUUUUUUUCUUUUACAGACGGGCCUUAAAAAGGGUGAGGUAGGGGAGGGUAAAGUGAGUUAAGAGAUGGGCCUGGGACUCAGUUUUCUCAUUUUUGAGACCCAGAGAAAUGGGUGUGGCCUCUGGUAACUCCUUUGCCUUCUCUUGAGUGUAUAUCUCCAGGGGAAAUAUUAAACUUCAGCCAAUCUCUCUUU